AUGAAUGAAUUGACUAUGUCUUCGGCAAUGGACCUGUCCUUCUUGUCCGAGGAAUCCCACGAAAGCAAGCCUAAUGAUCAGAAUAAUAUCGAAUCUGUGAAAAGAAAGCGUGGCAGACCUAGGACUAAACCUAUUUUACCAGUUGAAUUAGAUGCAGAGGGGAAUCCAAUUAAGAAGAAGAGAGGACGACCAAAAAAAAUACUUACAGAACCAAACCAGGAAAGCUCGAAUCUGUUUCUGCAGAGCAAAAGCGGAUCUCCAUUAGAGGAGAACGUACCUGUAGUGAAAAAACGUCGUGGAAGGCCGAGGAAAUCGCUGAUCAAUCCUACUACAAUAGCUUUUGUGACGGAAACAUCAAAGAAUGAAACACAUUCUAUUUCAGGGGACCAUCAGGAUAAGGACCAUCUACGUAUUGGAGACAGAAGUGAUACAAAUAAACGCAAUCCUGUUUUAUUACAGCCAAAGAAGCGGGAUAUAAACGGCGAUAUAAAAAAGACGGAAAAACCACAAGAGGGAAAAGAAGGUAUACAAAAUGGAUCACAACGGAGUGAACCUACAGACAAACCCGAGUUGGAAAGGCAUGAUCCCUCAAUUGAAGAAGCACCAGCUCUAAAUGAAAACCCGGAACCUGCAAAACCUUCUAGUGUAACAUCUGAAUUAUCAAUUCAAAAGAACCAAGAGCUGGAUAACAAAGGAAAAGUGCCGGAAAGCAGGUUACAGACAGCAGAACCAUCGAAGCCCGAGAAACCACACAAAAAAAGAGGUAGACCAAGAAAAAAUCCGGCUGAAAAUAUGGCACCAAAGAUCAAAAGACCUCGUGGUCGUCCUCCCAAGCCAAAAUCACAAGAAGAACAAUUUCAAAAUCAAAAACACAAACAACGGAGAGAUAGUAAAGAGCGAAAAGGAACACAAGACACUGACGAACGGAAGCAGGCGAAUAUCAAAGAAUAUUCCACAAAUUUAACAGACAUUCUACGUGACAAUUCCCAGCAAAAAGGGAUAUCUUCAACUUCGCCAAAGAAAAAAAUAAAACUCGCGAAGACAAUAACACAGCAAACUUUUAAUGAUUCUAAAGAGUCUCAUGUAGAAGAUACAAAUGCGGGCAAAGCAAUAGAGAAGAAUAAAGAUGUAUUUUUAAAUUUUAAAAAGAACCAGGAAAAGGCAACAAAACCAAAUAAUAUAUUGGACGACAGUUAUGAUGUAUUCAGCUUUGAUAAUAAUGGUACAAGUAACUUCAUUAUUCCAGAGGAAGCUUUGCCAGUUCCUAAUAAUGCUAAGAAUAAAAAUCCCAAAACAACUCCAAUGAAACCUUUACAGGAGCAGUUAGAGCAUAUUGAUACCACUAACAUUGAAUUCAGUGACGAUGAUGAUUAUAAUGUUGAGGAUGACGAUAGUAAAAAGAUUUCGGAAAGCGAAAAGAGUUCAGAUGAAAGUUAUAAUUCAGAGAAUGAUGCUUAUUCAGAUAUUUCCUCCACCGUUCCAAGCCCGUCUUCCCCUAAUGAUGAUAGCCUUAGGCAUCUCCCAAGUUCAGUAAGUCAAAAACAAUCGUCAAUUCCAGAGUCUCAAGCGGCCAUUGAGCACGAAGACCAAAUGCCUCAAGGUCUAGAUUCUCGACCAUUAUCAAUUCACAACAGCGAAAAGACACCGAGAAAAUUGUCAGAGGAAUGGUCACUCUCGAUAAGUUUUCAAGAUGUCAAUGGACAAGGUACUCCUGAUGCAUCACCUUCUCGACCCAAAGAAAUAAUCUCUGCCUUCCCUUCCUCUCCAAAUAUAAGUCCAAAAGUAAAAAACACUAUAAAUUCAGAUCCAGAACCGGAAAAGGUCAACGAGAAAGCUGUUACUGAACAUAGGACAAUGCGAAAUACCCCAAUAAAAACAUUACCAAGUUGGUCUCCACUUGACAACGAUAGGUUGCGCACUCUAACUGAAGACACCAUCACUCUCAACAAAUAUUUCACUGACCUCCUUAUUUACAUGAAUAAGAAUAGCGCGACCCUUGCGUCUGAUGCCACAGGUGAACUCUCUUUUUUUAUCAACCAGAUGCCAAAGCACGAAACAUCUCUAAACUUUUGUGACUGGGUUGAUCGAAAGGGAAUGGAAGUAUACAGACAAUUAGAGAAGGGAAUAGAUGAAAAGAUUGAAGAAAUUAAAUUACAGUUUCAAAAGGCAAAAGAGCUAAUCAAUCAAAUAGAUGACGACACUAUUUUAUUGGAAUUUGCUGAGAGGUUCAAUAUUGAUAUCUGA